GAAGAGUGUGCAGGAGUGGAAGAGAACCGCGCUGUUUACAGAAUUUAUUUAUCUUUGUUUUUGAUUUAUUUCCAUUGUACUGGCGAUUCUGGUCGACUCUCUUGCAACCGGACACCACGAUUACGUGCACUGUGGUGAAGCGAGGAAUAUGUCACUCGUGUUUGGCGUGACGAGACAUUAAAUUACAACUCGGUCUCCAUCCCCAUCCCUCGCUUUUGCACCAGCGGAGAUUUAACUCUCCCCUGUUGUGUCCAUCUAUCUGCUGAGAUCGCCACUCGACUUAAAGUCAUUCCUUCCAAAUGGCUUACCGACGUGGUAGAAAAUCAAUUAGAGACGCAUACGAGGAACACUUUCAGCAACCGAAUUCAAGAGAGGUGACGCUUCAUCGAGUGGUCAACAUCGUAGAUAAGAGGGGCCACAUGCCGUGGUCCGGACAGGAAUAUGAUGAAGGAUAUGAAGACGAACAGUGGUACGGCGGGCCCCGGCACUACCAGGACACCAGAGAGUAUCACGACGAAGGCGCUUACGCACACAGUGACCGCCAGUACUACGAGGGAAACCAAAGCUUUGGGAAUUUUCGCAGAAAUUCCCCCCCACAGAGAAAUGAGGGACCGUAUCCACAGCCGGCGUACAGCAGAGAUGACUUGAGGCAUCAUUUAAGCGCGAGGAAAAGUAGACCAAACUAUUUCCGCGGCCGAGGUCGAGGGUCCGGCCCACCUGUCAGACCAGCACACGACAGAAAUGCCAAAGAGGACCGGGACGACUACAGGAGCCCUCAGUCCGUGGUAAUCAAACGCGGCCACUCCCCUGUGAAGAGGGAAGCCCCGGCACCUGCAGCCUCCCGCUCGGCAUCGAGCUCCAACAGAAGCGCCUCCUCUGAGAGGGAGAAAGGACACAGCCACCAGCAGAAGCAGCAGAAGCAUAAGCCCAGUGCCGUGGCAAGGCAAAGCUCAAGCAGCUCUGUGGAGGAAUCUCCUCAAACUUCAGUGGCAUCAAAGGAGCAACCUUCAGCAUCUGUAGCGGAGCCAGAGGAGGAGGCGACUGCCAGCAUGGAGCCAAAGCUGACACCAGAGGAAGACUUCAAGGCUCGCCGGUCGGAGGCCAUUAGGGCUAAGGCCCUGGAAAUCGAGAAGCAUUACAGGCAGGACUGCGAGACAUUUCGCACGGUGGUGAAGAUGCUGGUGGCCAAAGAGCCCAGUCUGGAUAAUCUGCUGCAAACCGCGCUAGACGAGAACCUGAUGGAGCUCCAGCAGCGCUGCCUGGACACACUCAGGAGCUUCGUGGCCGACUUGGACAAGAUUUAGAGCAGACGGAGGCCUCAGCAUGAACCACACUGCAAAAUAUGUUGAGAAUGGUCUCUUUGAACUGAAGAAAGUUUAGUUUGUUCAGAGGUUUUUCUGUCAAAACCCAUGAAUUAAUUGAUAUUCUGUUUAAUGAUUGUUACUAAAGCUUUAUGGAUCCAAACAGGUUGAGUUCUACUGAAGCAGCUCCCAGAAAGCAGUGUUGAAGUGGUGAUGCCUUUCUCUGUUUCCUCAUACUCACUUUGUGUUGUAACUCUGUUUCAGUACCUGCAUUUCUUGUAGCAGUUUAUACAAGACAUGGCAGACAUAUCUGUAAACACAACUAUCUUGCAAUCAGUAUUGAAGGCCCCAAAUACUUUAUAUUUCAUGUUUUAACCUGUGCAGCUUUUAAGAUGGUUUUUUUUUUUUAGUUACUGGAAGUUGAAAGGAGUUGAUGCUGAAUACUAUCUUUUGUGCUGCUAACUUCUGCCAUUAUAUGUGAUUAAUGUUAUUGUUCCAGAUAAAAUUAAUAAAAGAAACAAAAACAGUUCUACCAGAAAGUGCAACUAAUUGUUUUUCAACGGUAUUGUUGACUUUUCUCAUUACAGCUGUGGUUUUUCUUAGAAAUGCCAACUUGAAAAUUCAAAUAAACAAAAAGUUAUUUCUUUCA